AUGUACUACUGCUUCCUCUGCACGGGGCGCCACCCGCUGCUCAUUCACUACUGCCCCAUCUACUGGGACGAGUGCCACCUCAACUGUUGGAAUGCCAUUCCCGAGGCACCAGCACCCCUCGCGCCAGUGCCGCCGUCGUCGUUGGUGGGGUCGUCGGCUCACCCCACGGCCACGGUGCAGGGCAAGGAGUGCUACGUCAUGAAGCUGUACAUGUCCGGCCGCUACGUCAUCGUCGAGCGCCUGAGCUGCGAUGGCAUCGCCGCCUGCUUCCUCACCUGCGGCGGCGGGGAGCUAGACGAUCAGAAGGUCGCCAUGGGCACCGCCGCCACCACGGUCACGGCGACGAUGACGGCCGCAAUGCAGCAGGGGAGCUUUGUGCCUUUCGAGCUGUGCAACACGCAGGUCAAUGCUCUGCGGGCUCCGCCAUCAGCAGGCGUCGUCGUCCCGGCUGGUGGUGCACAUUGA